AUGGCUAAUACAUUCGUGCACUUCAAACUCGAUGUAGACAAGGAAUCGAGGCGCCGCUUCAGCACAAGACAAGUCCACGCCGGUGCAACCCCCGACCCUAACACAAAAGCGCGUGCUGUGCCGAUAUAUGCUACGGCGUCGUACGUGUUCACCAAUAGCGAACAUGCGCGCAGGGUAUGCAGCAACGAGGAGGCAGGAUAUGUUUACUCGCGCAUUGCCAAUCCGACCGUUGAAGUGUUGGAGAAGCGAGUUGCCAGCCUCGAAGGUGGCACUGCAGCGGUUGCAUGUGCCUCUGGGCAGGCUGCUGCUUUUCAGACGAUUCUUUGCUUGGCAAGCAGUGGCGAGAAUAUCGUGUCGUCGACAAACUUGUACGGAGGCACGUACAGCAUGUUCAAGACAUUGCUGCCGCGCAUUGGAAUAUCGGUCAGGUGGGUAAACGACGACGACCCGCGGAGCUUCCAAGCCUUGACCGACGAGAAAACAAAGCUCUACUACCUUGAGACUGUUGGGAACCCCAGAAUCAGCGUUCCUGACAUGGCAGCCAUUGCUGAGCUGGCGCACGCCCACACCAUACCCUUUGUCGUUGACAACACAUUUGGCGCAGGAGGCUUCUGGUGUCCUGUCAUUGACUACGGCGCCGAUAUUGUGAUUCAUUCCGCGACGAAGUGGCUUGGUGGCCACGGAACCACGGUCGGGGGUGUCGUUGUCGAUUCUGGUCGCUUUGACUGGAGCAAGACGGGCGGCAAGUUCCCCGUCCUCACGCACCCGGCUGGAAGCACAGUGGAAGUGUCAUAUGCCACAGCCUAUGGGAACUGUGCUUUUGCCUUGGCAGUCAGAAUUGAGGGCGUGAUGAAAGUAGGAGGGGUGAUGAAUCCUUUUGCAGCGCAGCAGAUCUUACUGGGCAUAGAGACGCUCAGUCUGCGAUGUGAGCGUAUCGGUGCCAACGCGCUCCGCGUUGCCACGUACUUGUCUUCCAGCCCCAAAAUAGAGUGGGUGUCUUAUCCAGGCAAGUGGCUGUCUACGGACCGCUACCACAGCAUGGCAACAAAAUACAUGCGCCGCGGAUACGGUGGCGUGCUGUCAUUUGGUCUCAGAGGCGGCACCACUGCAAGCAGACAUUUUGUAGAUGCUCUUGAUCUCAUCUCUAAUAUGACCAACGUUGGCGACUGUAAAACAAUGGCGACGCAUCCAUGGAGCUCGACACACUCCCUCCUGUCUGAAAAGGACCGUAUUGAUGCGGGUGUUACAGAGGAUUUGAUUCGUCUCUCCAUCGGCACGGAAGACUGCGACGAUAUAUUAGCGGAUAUCCGAACCGCUUUUGAAGCUAUUCCUCAGACGGCCGCGGCUGGGGGCAGUGUUGAAGAGACUACGGCCUGGGUCAUUGCUAGGGAAGAGAUGACUGCUGCGGAAGAGAUGGCGGUUACUAAAGAGCUGGCUGCUGUGAGGGUAAUCACCACUGAGGAUAUCGCUGCUGGUGAAUGCGAAGAAAUUACCACUCCUGAGGAGACUGAUGCUACUGGACAGGGAUAUCCAGCUACUGAAAGCAUGGAUAAUGUGGAUAAUACUAUGGCUGCAGAAAACAGCACAGUUUCUGUUUCAGCAUAG